CUAAUGGUGGGCUAUGCCUGCUCAACCUCCUUUUGCUCUCAAAUCCUGUUAGCUUAACGGUUCUUAGGGUUCUCACUCGUUCACUCAGCUCCCUUUUCCCUUUAACAUAAGGUUGGAGAAUUAAGCACAAGGAAGAAUAUGGCUGUAACCUUUGCAUCCAGAUGCUCCAGGGUGGGCCGUUCAUUGAUGGGUGGUCUUGGAAACAACCUCUCUAAUUUACGAAGCACAUCAAGUGAGAUUACAUGUAGCAGUUUCUUGUCUCAGCAACAAAGGACUUUUAUUCAGAUGAGAACUGUUCUUAAAGUAGUGGACAACUCCGGGGCGAAGAAGGUGAUGUGCAUACAAGCUUUAAAGGGGAAGAAAGGGGCAAGAUUGGGAGACACCAUAAUUGCAUCGGUAAAAGAAGCCAUGCCUAAUGGAAAGGUGAAGAAAGGGAAGGUGGUAUAUGGUGUGGUUGUACGUGCCGCCAUGCAGAGAGGUCGUUGCGAUGGGAGUGAGGUCAAGUUUGAUGAUAAUGCAGUUGUUCUUGUUGACAAGCAAGGACAGCCAAUAGGGACCAGAGUAUUUGGGCCAGUUCCUCAUGAGCUGAGGCAGAAAAAGCAUGUCAAGAUCUUAACUUUGGCAGAACACAUUGCCUGAGGCAUGAAUCCUUCAUUGUCCAAGCAUUCAGAUGUAUUCAUGAUAACGCAUGGAGACUGCAUAACACUGAAAUUAGGAUUUAUUUUUCAUCUUUGUUUUCCUAUAGAGAAUGGAGAUUGUAGAGAAAGCAAAAGCAGAUUUCAUUAUCAAAUUAAUUCCACUAUUGCUGAAUGUAGUGUUCAAAUUUUCA